CGCGUCCCUUGAAACCUCGCAGUACUUCACCUUCAUCAUGGCGCCCAGCACCCCCCUAAUCAACCGGAUCAAAGUCCAGCUUAAACUGAGCAUAGCCCGCCUACGAAUGGUCCAACAAAAAGACGCCGCAGUCGCAAAGCUUCAAAGACGAGAAAUGGCCCAACUACUAGAGGUCGGCAAGAUUGAAAGCGCCAAAAUCCGCGUUGAGAACAUCAUCCGAUCAGACCUCAACAGCGAGCUCCUCGAGAUCCUCGAACUAUACUGCGAACUGCUCACAGCACGCGCGGGACUGCUUGAAGCGAAAGAGUGCGAUCCUGGCUUGGAGGAGGCGGUGCAGAGUAUCAUUUACUCGGCGCCGAAGAUCAGUGGAGUGAAAGAGUUGAGUCAGGUCAGGGCGCUGUUGGCGGAGAAGUAUGGCAAGGACUUCACAUUACGAGCGGUGGAGAACAGUGAUGGAAAGGUACCGGAGAGAGUGGUGAAGAAGUUGAGGGUCGAGCCGCCCUCGCAGGAGUUGGUGGAGGCAUAUCUGUCGACAAUAGCAGACGCUUAUAAUGUGGACUACCCUCCGGGCAUCAAAGCGCAAAGAGCAGCGGAACUUGCGGCGCAUGAGGCUGGAGAGGAGGGAGGCGACGAUGAUGACGAGAAUCCCUCAGGAGGACAAAAGGUACCGACGUUGGAGGCGACUUCAAGUACAGACGAGUUGAGCAAAGCAACACCACCGCGGAGUCUAGGAUUGAAGAGUCCGGUAUCAGUAAUGCCGUCUUCGCCGACCACAGAGAACCCACGACCGAAAGUGAACUUACCUGGACCGCCGGAUCUGAAACCUUCGAAGAAGAUGGUGGAUGCUGCGAAGAGCAAGCCCGCGAACGGUAGUGGGCCAGGCGGCAAGAUUCCGGAUGUGGAUGAGUUACAGAAGCGAUUCGCUCAGUUGAAGCGAUGAUAACACUGAGGAUGGAUAUGAAUCUCACGACGGGGAACGGACAUUUGCAGCAUUUUCGUAUCCGGACGAAUCUAUUCGUUCACUUUUCGAGCGCUUGCGAUGUACACCUGAGGUUGACCUGGACCACAGCGAUCUCCAAAUGGCAGCUCGGAUACACCUCAUCAGCCUUGCUCAUGACUGGCACGAAGUAUCGCGUAGUUAGCGGUUUCAGCGGAGAAGGAUAUAAGGAUGAUGGAGGUCCUGGAGCAAUGUACCUGCUUCCUACCAAAAUGCUGAGCAAUCUCGGUCUGGAGGACGCCUAGAAGCUGCACGCGCUAAAGGACGGAAGGAUUUAUGGCCUGACCACGCUCCAGAGCGAAGGAUUCCGAGCUGACCCGAUGGCACCGCGAAGGAUCUCAAAGCCGAACAUAAAAGCUCCUUGCCCGGGUAUGCGAUGCACUGAGCCCAGUCGUUCUGAAGCGCCAAUUCCAGGCUCCGCGAACAGUACAUCGCAAUCCAUGCUCAAAGUCGAUAUCCAGCCAACCUCUAACCAUGGCAUCGACCAACAUGUACGACUUCAGCCCGGCCGCUGUAACACUCGUCUGCGGCACCACCGGCGUUCUCGCCAACUUCGCCUUCUUCUGCGUGAAUACAGCGAUCAAUUACAUCACCAUGCCGGUCCUGCUCAUCGGCCACUCUGAAU